AUGGUUAAAAAACAUUUUAUUUUAAAUAAUACCAAAAUUAUUAUGAAUUUAUUUUCAUACUUGGAAAUCUCUGAUUUAGUUAAAAUGAGGAACUUAAAUUCUUGCAGUAAACUAAUUAGUGAUCAUUUUAUUAAAAUGAAUAUUAAUAGAGAUAAGACAAAAUAUAUAAACAUUGAGAGUGAAAAUAAUGAUAGCAGUAGUAAUAAUAAUAAUAAUAACAAUAAUAAUAAUAAUAAUAAUAAUAAACAAUAUGGUAUAGGUAAAGUUAAUAAUUUAAAUAAUAACAUUUCACAAUUAAGAAUGAAAUUUCUUCAACUUUGGAAUAUUUAUUCAAACAAAAAUUCAAUGGAAAAAGUCAAUUACUAUGAUUUUAACUUAUGUUUCUUAAUCAAGAUAUUACUUUACUUGAUCUCAAACGUAAAACAGGGACUCAACUUUAGUUCUAUCACAACAAAUCAUUUAAAUUCAAUAUAUGAUUUAGAUCCUUCCUUAUCUUCUAAUUAUAGCCACAAACAAAAUCACAAUUUUGAUCUUGAACAUGAUCUGGAUUUAGAUCUUGAACCAGACACAGAUUUUUCUAGUAAUGAAGGUAUUGAAAUUAAUAAUCAUGAAAAUAUACCAAUAUAUAUUCAAGAAUUUUUUAGAAAUGAGGCAAUUUGGAAGCUAAUAGCAAAACUUUCUGGAUACAAUCUUUCUAAUGCUGAGUUAUUAAGUGAGUCAGAUGGAAUCUUUGAAUAUUAUCUUUGGCCAGAAAAAAUAGAAGAUCCUAAAUAUUCUAUUAUUGAUCAAAAUAUUAUAGAAAAUGUAUUGUUAAGAAUUUUAAAGAUAAGAAAUUUGGAUCCGAAUAUACGAAAGCAAAUUUCUAUUAUUAUGAAUAAAAACUCCAAAGCUGAAUUAACAUUUUAUAGCAAUAGUGGUAAUAUAAUAAAUAGGUCCAAUAUUCACAUUAUUAAAGAUCAAUUUAUUCAAAAUAACAAUAAUAAUAAUAAUUCUGAUUUCUUUAAGGAUAUUUAUCAUAAUUUGAACAUUAGCCAUUCAUCAGAAAAUAUAUCAUCUUCUGUAUUAAUCAAUUCCCAAUUAUCUUCAAUUAUUCUGCUUUGGAUUGUAAACUUUCUGAAAUUACAAAAACAACUUCCAUGUCUAAAACAAGUUCCAAAAAGUGGUAAAAACAAUUAUAAUAACAAUAACAAUAACAAUCGUCUCCAAAGUAGAAAUAACCAAUUUCUUCAUAACCAUAACUAUAAUUCUAAUAAGAUACCUCUUACCUCAAAGUUAUCCACAUCAAAAUUCUCCAGACUAAGUAAUAUUAAUAAUAUUCAUAGCCAAAAUCAAAACCAGAAUUAUAGUCAAAGCCAAAGUCAAAUUCAAAAUCAAAGCCAUAAUUUAAACCAAUUUUCAAAUAGUAAUCUUGGAGAUAUACCAGAAACCUUUGGAAAAUUGUGUAAUAUCAUUAAUUCACAAGAAAACCUCUUAAUUGAACUCAAACAAAUAUUAAAUACCAUUAAGUAA